CAAAACCCCUGUUCUGAUGCAUAAAACACAACCUCCCUCUUCCUGUCGAUAUGUCCACGAGUCCCAAAAAACAAAAUGACCGUCGAGUGGAGGCCAACGUCCGAAAAAGCAGGCAGGAGUUUUUGUCGCUGGGGGACAAAGCAAAGCAACCCCGACGCAUCACAAAGCCUCCACAAGAACCAGUUCGCAGAAGCGUGCGUUUACGACAUUCAUGUCAUGAAUGGAGCAGAAACACCCAGCACGAGCAUCGGUAUCCCUCUUCAACCAAAAAUACAGCUGGAAAGGAGUUCCAAUCUAAACCCCCAAGCCCUCCGCAAGUAAAUGAUCGAAAACGGAAACGGCCACAAGACACGGAAGAACCUCUCCAUUUUCGAGCCAAGCUUCGAAGGCGAUCGCAAACGUUCCUCGCUGCUGAGGACACACCUAUCCAGGAGCCAGCGAGCGAUGCUGCCAAGAACGAGAUUGACCCAAUACGUAAUUGGAUCCAGAAAGGAUAUUGGCCCAAGAAGUAUUUUAACCAGGACAUCAGUAUGAGUUCCCUGCUUCCAAGGAAGAAGUCGACGUCUUCUCUUCGCCGUAAAGGGCCUAGUGAUGAGAAACAAAAGGAGGAAAAGAAUGCUCCAUACGUAAAUCCCCGCUACCAAACUAUUCUUGAAACAAAAGGCAGCUUUAUGAAGAAAGCGCGUGUUGGGAUUAGAGACGAAAGUAGUCUUCUUAUCAAAGCAUUGCUUAACACAGAUCAGAUGGUCCCGCAAAAUUCGCUGUUUCGAGACGACUUAUUCGACACCACCUGCGAAAAGAUCCAAUGCGAGAACGAACCUAGAAUUAUUCGAGAUAUCGGACAACUGAUCGUGCCGUCUGCCGAAACUCUAGCUACAUAUGGUGCCACCAAUCUAGAGCACUUAGUUGAGACUGUGAAUAAAGGCUGGAACAAAAGCAUCCCUUUUUAUGGUCCCCGCCCACAGCCUGAUUACUCGGUGGGUUUCAGGCGGUCUGCAUUCACAGAUGAUCAACUUGAGAAGCUGAAGCCCUUCAUCGGUGAUUGGGAUGACACUUCCUUUUUUAUGGCCACAGACACGAUGCAUUUUCCAUUUCUGACAUGCGAGGUAAAAUGUGGUGAGGUGGCACUUGAUAUUGCAGACCGACAAAACGCCCACAGCAUGACUCUUUCAGUGAGAGGUGUGGUUGAACUUUUUAGGGCAGUAAAGCGUGAAAAUGAAGUCCACCGGGAAAUCCUCGCGUUUUCAAUAUCCCAUGAUCAUACAGCAGUGAGAAUCUAUGGCCAUUACGCUCUAGUUGACGAUGAUAAGAUCACAUUUUACCGACACCCGAUUCACAACUUUUCCUUUGCUGCCCUGGAUGGCAAGGAGAAGUGGACUGCAUACAGGUUUACGAAGAAUGUCUAUGAUAUAUGGAUGCCGACUCACCUUAAAAGGAUUUGUUCAGCAAUUGACCAGAUACCUCCUGGCCUUGAUUUUGGUGUCUUGCAGUCGGGCCUUCCGUUCCCUUCAACUUCCAAGUCUUUUUAACGAAAACAACUCUCAGUCAGGUCAGGUGAGGCAAGGCAAUGUCAGCCAGCUGAACAUUAGGGUGGUGAGGGCUGCCAGACCAUACCCAACUUAGCAGCUGUACCAAACCCAAUCAGGCCAUGCUAGAUCCAACAUGGGUGGUGCUAGACUGGAUGCAGGUGGGCUGGUGAGCUUGAGGCAGCACUCACCAGAUAAUCAUUUACUUCGAUGGUACUUGUCAGUAUGGAGUAAACAGA